AUGCAGGCUGUAUUUAUGAUGUGUGUAAUUUCUUUCAUUGAUCCGUCUCAGAGGGAAUUGGUUUUUGUGGUGCUUGAUAAUCUUUCGAGAAAGCUUCAGUAUACAACUAGGUUUAAGUACUUGGAAGAACUCGUAGCAUCUAUUCUCUUUUGUUGGGUUGCUUGUGGUGUAAGCUUAGCUGCAGUCGUUGAGAUAAGACAACUCUUUGUAGCAGAUAGUGAACCAAGCUAUUUCAUGCUGUACUGUUGCAAUUGGCUUCUUCCAACUUUGGUUCUGCAUGGUGACAGUUCUAACCUCAGUUGGGUCUCUAAGAUUGCUGGCCAACCUUUGUCAAUUCUGGUCAAAGAUCACUUUGUGCAGAUCUUUUCAAUUUGUAUUGAGUUGCACUGCAGCAAUACAUCUGAUGGGCAUAAGGGAGCUGAUGUGCUUCAAAAUUCAAUUUUGCAACUUGCACAGAUAUCUGAGAGUGAACGAGACACACUUUUACUGAUGUUGAAGUUGGUGAGGAGAGCUUGCUACGUUCCACCAAGAUCUUUUAUCAAGUCUUCAAGCUCUGCACAAAAAGUUACUGUUAGAGGAAAAUUUUCGGAUUGAAAAGGACAAAGAUGAUCUCAUUAAUGG